UGGGAUCCUGAUGUGCUUCUGGAAUUGUCAGACACAGCGCGUGCAACACUGAAGAUUUCAAGUAUUCCUGGAAAGGAUCUGGAUACACUUGAUACAAUCCUGGAGGUCAUGUUGGCUGACGAGCUUUCUUCGCAAGCCACUGAACUCAGGGUCAUUGCUCGAUCACGCUUCGACAAACUUAUUGAAGAACUUGUGACUGAUAAGAAACAUCUGACUGGGAGCCCCAGAUUGGCAGACAUCAUUUCAAAGGCCUCUUCAUUGCAACAUAAGUGGCAGCAACGAUUCAAGGCAGCUUAUUUCUCCAUUGAUGAAGAUCGCCUCAAGGAAAUGAAAGACGCUGGAGCGCUCCACGAUGUUGUCCCCGAACAGGGAGACAGGAAAGUACCACAUAUAUGGCGUGUAGUGAGAAGCACUCCCAUGAUGGAUAGUGACAUAAAGCCUGGAAUGUGGUGGCUCAAUCUCACCUGCGCAUUGCGUGAUGGUGUUGUUAGCAGCGCUGAUGAGUAUGUGACCAAGUACCAAGGAGGAACGCUUGUAUUGCCUCUGCUCACAGGCACCGAAGCUGAUGGUCCCACUGUUGGUAUGUACGAAUACAAGAAGGAAGGCCCACUCAAAGAGAUGCAUCUCUUCCUAAUGGUGGCGACUGGACAUACCAUCAGACUCCUCAGAGGCCAUGCAUUAAAGAGCAAGUAUGCACCGGCAGCUGGAAUUCGAUAUGAUGGAGAAUAUGUCAUCAGGCAGUAUGGUCACGGGUUUGAUGACAGAAAGGGCAUCUACAGCGUGAGAUUAAUACUUGAUCAGGUCAAGGGCCAGGUGUGUCUGGACGAUCUGCUUUCGAUUCCGAGCCCUUCUCAACUAGAUGACUGGCUGUUGUAUAACAAGGUGAUGGGAGACGACAUCCGGUUACGGGAGGGGGACAUUGUCUACAGCCAGUGGAAGCUUGCUGAGGAGCAGGAGGAGCAGGCGAGAGUGGAAUGGCACCGCCGGGAGGCUGACCAUGCCAAGUUUCUCCGAGAGCUGGGUCGAUUUGGAAGAUAA